AUGUAUAUGUUCAAGGCUGCAAAGCAACGUGGAAUCACUAUAAAUGUGAGCAGCGGAAAAGCAUUGGCUGAUAGCUUGGAUCAUGCAGUGGAUGAGAAGAAUCCGAUGUUGAAUCGGUUGCUGAGAAUGCUGACAACUCGAUGUAUGACACAGGCUGUGUACUUCAGCGCUGGUACGAUACCAGUGCCGCAGUACCAGCACUUCGGUCUGGCCUGUCCCAUCUAUACUCACUUCACCUCACCAAUUCGUCGGUACGCUGAUGUGGUAGUGCAUCGACUGCUGGCCGCCUGUAUUGGUGCCGAUGACAUCAAGGUAGGCUUGCUCAGUCAAGCCAACGUGCAGAAGAUCUCACAGAACAUCAACUAUAGACAUAGAAACGCGCAAUACGCUGGGCGAGCGUCUGUGCAGUUGAAUGUGCUGACGUAUUUUCAAGGACGAGAAGAGACGUGCGAUGGAUUUGUCAUGGGUGUACGAACGAAUGGUAUACAGGUAUUCGUACCGAAGUAUGGUUUGGAAUCGGUGAUUGUGUUGCAACAAGGAAAAGGCACGACUAUUGAUAUCGAGGAAUAUUGCGUACGGAGCGGUGAACAUGUGAUUAAAGAGCUCGAUCGAGUAAAAGUACGAGUGCGACUGGAUGAGUCGAAUGUUCAACGACGAAGGAUAGCGCUCGACCUAAUUGAACCAUCCACUAUGCCAGGAUUAUCUGUUGACUUUGAUCUCUCAGAAUCGAUUGGCGUGGGAAUUUGA